UCCUCGGGUUUGCUUCCUGCUAACGGGCCCCGCCGGGCGGUUGCGCCCCCUCAGCAGGGCUCUCGCCUGAGAGGCCGGGGCGGUCGGGCUGGCCCCUGCCUUGUCCUGGCGGCGGAGGCGGGGGGGGGGGGGCGGGUCGGCGCCGUUUGGGCGGCUGCGGCCGGUGCCGGAGGGCGGCCCGGGUGGCCGGCGGGCUGUGAGGCUUCGCGUUGGCCGGGGGCGAGAGCCGUUCUUGGGGUCGCUUACCGCGGCGGCUGCCGGCCUGGCCGUGUGCUGGCUUGAUCCUGGGGGGGGCACGGUGCUGUUGGCCUGAGGGCUUUUGAAGUCGUUUUUCUUUUCCCCUUACUUCUUAAUGUUUUUUUCUUUAUGAGUAAGCCUGGGAGGUUUCUGUGAAAUAAUUUCGCGGUGAGAUGAUGAUCUCGAACCAUUCCGUUUGCUUUCUACUUCUAGAUGACUUUUUGUGAACUGGUGGUGUUGAAGAAACUGAAUGAAUGGAACAGUUAGGGCAGAUAGGAAGUUUGCAUUUCACGCUCUCUGCUUGCCACAAGACACAGACGACACCGUGUCUCUGAAGGGACCUGCAAUCAUUGGAGCUGUGUGUCCUGAGGGACUCUGAGGACCUCUGAAGCCUCAUCUCCACCAUCUAUAUGGCAGCUUCCAUUGGCACCGACUUUUGGUACGAAUACCACACCCUGUCCCCAGCUGAGAAUGUUAGUGAAGCUGGUAGGAGCAUCUUGGAGGAAUUUGUCAGUGAAGAGGCAGAUGAGAAGACGUACACAGAUGCACUCUUCCGGUGCAACGGCACGGUUGGAUUGUGGCGGAGGUGCAUCACUGUACCCAAAAACUCUCACUGGUACAGCCCACCAGAAACUGAUAUGACUACGAACUGCAUCAGUUUUUCCCUCUCUGAUCAGUUUAUGGAAAAGUACAUAGAGCCUGGAAAUCACAAUAGUGGCACGGAUUUGAAUCGGACUUAUCUCUGGCGAUUGCAGUUUCUCCUGCCCUUUGUCAGCCUCGGCCUCAUGUGUUUUGGGGCUCUGAUUGGGCUCUGUGCAUGUGCCUGUCGCAGCCUUUACCCGGCCAUUGCCACUGGAGUCCUCCAUUUCCUAGCAGGACUUUGUACACUGGGCCUCGUUGGCUGCUAUGUAGCUGGGAUUGAGCUGCUCCAUAAGAAGCUGCCCCUGCCUGAUGAUGUGAGGGGUGAAUUUGGCUGGUCCUUCUGCCUAGCCUGUGUCUCGGCACCUUUGCAGUUUAUGGCAGCUGCUCUUUUCAUCUGGGCAGCUCGCACCAACAGAAAGGAAUUCACUCUCUUGAAAGCGUACCGUGUAGCAUAAGUGCUGCUACCGAAGUAUUGGGUUUCCAUGUUAUAGCCUCUUCUCCCCCCAGACCUUAUUACUUUUUUCUUUUAGUCAGAAUUUUACCUUGUACUGCAUGCUUCUUGCCAGUUGAGACAAUUUAGCCUGCAGGCCCUGAAGACAAAGACCUCUGGGCUAAAUGACAGAAGUCUGCAGAACUUGAACAGGUUUUUUAAUUGUUUUUUUUAAGAAUUAUUAUUUUUUUUUUUUAAGCUUCAUUUGGUUGUUGACUAUCCCCUUGGUUAGGUGUACAUGCCCCUUCCUAAUUUUAUUAACCUGUCAGCCUGGAGGAAACAGGAGUGGUGUUGUGAGGUAGAAGAGAGAUGGGAAAAGAAAAGAUGCAGGUAGGCAAGAAUGGGAACCUCAGUGCACAAAUAAUAAAUAAUCAGGAGCUCUCUGCUGUGUGACCCAAGCAGGCAGCACCUACAGAGAGCGCCCAGGAGACAUGGGGGAACUCAGAAACCUCUGUUAUGGAAAUACUGUAGCUAAAUCAGUCCUGUAGCUUAGCUUUGGGUCUCUUAUUCUCACUGGUUUGCUAUUUUUUGUGGCUUCUGCCAAAACUGAUGCAGGCAGAGCAGCUGGCUGUGGGAGUGCCUGCACAGCACACCAUCCAAAAGUACGUGCUUGCUUUUGCCAGGGAGCGGGAUAAGUUGGCCCACGUGGAGCUUUGUGCUGCUCUAGCUACACUGCUUCCAGGACCCAGGCUAAUUUGGUAUCUGCACUACAUGUGAUUGUGCACUCUAAUCUUAACUUGUGGUGCUUUUGUUUCGUGUGAAAUAAGGCUUUCCUCUCUCUUGUGUUGAAAACGACCCCUCACAAGUUUUUUGUUUUUAAUUUGGUUUAGUGUAUGUGUGUACAUAUAUAAACUUAAUUUUUUUAAAGGUCACCUAUUUAUCCUAUAUAGCACAACAGGGUUUUUUUAAAAGGUGCUGCUCUUUCCCCAUCUUGCCCCAAACCUAUUGUUUAAAUGAAAUAAUAAAUAAAAAAACCCUCAGAAAUUUUCA